ACGACCACCUGAUUUGUGUAUUAUUUUUUAUCUAAGCUCUUUUACCUUCAACACACAAAUAUCUUAUCUCAAUUCAGCUUCCGAUUGAAUUGUGUUCGGCAGUAGCGAGCCUAUCGGUCAAUGUUUGAGUGAAACGUUAGAAGAAUGAACUUUAAAAUCUAAGAUGAAGACGCGUGAUCGGCGAGCUAAGCAGGAUUUUCGUGGGAAGCAGGACAAAAAGGGAGUCAAACAGGAUAUAUCCCACGCGAGGAGUGGGAAAAGGCACGCACACUCGACUAGUUCCGCGGAGUCGGCUGCUGCGGCCCGCGAGCGUACCAAGCGGUCUGGCGUGGAGGCCGUCAAGCUACACCUGAAGGUGACCGGCGACCCUGGGAGGACAUCACGAUCUGCUACAUCAGUUCGUAAGACGAGCAUCCGAAUGACUGCUAUAAAGGAAUAUCCCUUCGACUUGAGCGAUUUACAAAAUCAGCCGAGCGUCGUGAGCGAAUCGCGGCCUGCACCAGCGCCCGCGCCGAACCCGCCUGCGUCUGCAAUCAAACAGCGCGUGUCCGUCCCCUCGCUAGAAGGAAAGAGGAAAGUCUCCAUCAUGGCCGACGAAUCCAGCAAGGAUAGGGAAAACAUGCCCUCAGAUAGGGACAGGAAUGGAAGCGUAUCAGCAAAAGCAGAAGGGCCUUCGCGCCGCAAAAGCAACCUUCACAAUGCCAUGGCAGCAGAUAUGGACACAUCUUGGGAUCGCCAGGCACACAUCGAGGGCAGGUUUAAGAAAUAUUCCACGACAUCCUCCGUGUACUCCAAGAAGGCAUUAUCACAACAAAGCGAAUACGUUGAAAGAUCUUGGUGGUUCGCGUGUUGCCAGAAGUGUCAUUCAGAGGACGCCGGCAUUCCCUCGUGGGAACCACCGAACUGGCAGAAGGUCUGCCCCUUCCCAUUAUGCCCUUCAUAUCGGCAAUUCGCACAAAACGUCGCAGUAUUAAUCAUUGGUUUAUUGGUAUGGAUGACACUAUGGAUAGUGAUGGGCGACACGGUCGCGCCCGGAGGCCAGCUGUUCUCGUUCGCCGUGCUCACCAUCGUCGCCUACUUCGGAGGCUGGCUCAUGCAAAAGAUCACAACCUUGCCAGCACUCAUUGGAAUGCUAAUAAUGGGCAUAGUCAUGAAGAACGUCGGUCUCGUCAACUUUGACGACACAUUUCAAACUGUUGCGUCUUAUAUAAGAAAAAUUGCUCUAACGAUCAUCUUAACGCGAGCCGGUCUGGACUUGGACCCGAGCGCCAUGAAGAAGUACUUCUUGACCGUCAUCAAGCUGGCCCUCGUACCCUGGACCUUCGAGUGUAUUCUCUGUGCCAUCCUUGCUUACUUUUUCUUGGGAUUGCCCUGGAAUUGGGCGUUCCUUCUAUCAUCAAUAAUCGCAGCGGUGUCGCCGGCAGUGAUCGUGCCGUGUCUGUUCCGACUUCGCGCGAAGGGCUACGGAGUGUCCAAAGGGAUCCCGACACUAGUUCUCGCGGUGUCCGGAGUGGACGACGCGGCUAGUGUCGCCGUCUUCGGAACCAUUGUCUCCAUCAUGUUCUCUAACGCGUCGCUUACUAUGAAUAUUAUUCAAGGUCCUCUCAGUGUGGUCGGUGGCAUUGUACUAGGAGUUUUAUGCGGGUACCUGGUGAAGUUCGUUCCUGAGCGCAAUGACGCCUUCUUGGUGCCUCUGCGAGUGCUAAUGCUGUUGAUGGGAGGACUCAUGAUGGUCAUGGGCUCUGAGGAGAUCGGCUGGGCUGGUGCCGGACCAUUGGCCGUCAUCGCGUUUGCUUUCGUAGCGUGCAAGAAUUGGACAGAAAUGGGUUGGGAGCUGGAGGACAACCCAGUAGCGACCGCUUUUGAAGUCUUCUGGAUGUUCUUCGAGCCUAUGCUGUUUGCAGUGACUGGUGCUCAAGUCGUUAUUGCAGAGCUGGAGCCUCGCUUGGUAAUGAUCGGAGGUGGUAUUCUGAUCACGUGUGUGAUAUUACGUUCCAUUGUGACGAGUGUGUGUGCGGUGCGCAGCAACCUUAAUAUGAGGGAGAAGAUAUUCGUCGGCCUCGCCUGGAUGGCCAAAGCUACAGUGCAGGCUGCUCUAGGCCCAGUGGCUUUGGAUCAAGUGCGUUACAUGCUCGUCGACGGGAAGCCAGAUCCUUUGAUGAUACAAUACGCAGAGACUGUUGUCACGGUGUGCAUCCUGUCCAUCGUAAUCACAGCGCCGAUUGGAGCGAUCGUUAUAACGUUAACAGGGCCGAAGCUGCUAUCAAGAACGACUAAACCACCCGUGUUGGAAGGUUGGCGACAAACCCACCGGCCGUCUAUUCGAGACAUUUCGAUCAUCGACGAGGAGGAAGUAGCGGAGCGCGACGCGGAGGCGGAGGGCUCGCGGCCGGGCAGCCCGCGCCCGCGCACCGCCGCCUCCAGCCCGCCCGCGCCCAUCACCGUGCAGCCCCCGCACAACCCUCCGCAAUAACCAGCCACCUACUGCGACUAGUGAUGCCAUUCCAUUUGCUACUUUACUCGAACCGACUUACUUUCUUGUGUGCUGUUUUUAAUGAUGGCCUUGUACAAGUCAUUUUAUACAGGGAUUUAAUAGAAAGUUUCAACCAGGAAGCCUUUCUGCAAAUUAUGCGCUACUAAACGAUCGAAAAAAGAUUUGACUACCGCAAAUAUGAAACUGUGUAGUCGGGUCUCAACACGAGAUUGGUACAGAAAACAUAUUCGAAUACCUUAAAUCGUUACAAAUAAAUAAUAGCUUAACUUUACAGACAUUAAUUUUAAUGAUGUUGAAAUGUUUUAUAUGAUUAGCUUGCAAUCAAAUGAUCACAAAUAACUAUUUAAGUUAUUCUAGAUUUUAACAGACAAGCACAUCUUAAUUUCAUCAAUUUACUUGAAUUACAUAAUGAAAAAGCCACGUCAUCAUCAUCAUCAGCCUAUGACAGUCCACUGCUGGACAAAAGCCACGUCUGAAAUUUCGCUUUUCAUUCCAAGUAUAAGCAUAUAGCAUACUGGUAGAUGCUUAGCGGAUACGAAGAAGCAACGCCGUUCUGAAAGGAUUCCUUACAUUGUAAUUUAAAAAUUCCUGAGAUGUCUGUUCUAUUUAGUGAAAUCGCCCUAAAAUCUUUUUAUUUUAAGUUUCUUAAUAUUUAUUUAAAGUAAAAGUUUGAACCAGUAAAAUUAUUUCUAAAAGAAAUUACAUUCGUUUCGAAAGAGAUUGUAACUAAAAUAUGAUUUAGGUACUUAGAGGGUUUAGUGUAAGAUAUUUUUAUUAUUUUAAUUAUUGUUCAUGUGAUAAAGGUGUAUACUUAUUAAUAUUUGGUGUCUUAAAACCUCGCUAGUGAAGUUUACUUAUUUUAUUAUGAAAUAUUACCGCUGUAAGAACAUAUUUAACUCAUAAGUACCUUCGUUUGUCAACUAUAUUCCUAUAAGUUUUAUUUUGCAUAGUGGUCAUCAGUAUUGCUAUUAUUUAUGAAAACAAUUUAGUUUAGGUAACAGAGCCGUACUAUAAUAUACUAUUGCCAUCACUGAUCCAGCGUGAGAGAGAUGAAGCUAUGUCAGACAAAUAGCACCAUGCCUUCUUCACACAUGAACAGUCUUGAUGUUAAUUAAUAUUAUAGUGAGGUCCUAGCACGAAUAUUUUUAAUAUUAUUCGGUACAAAAAAAAAUACUAUUUAAAAUAAGGAUCGAUGCAGCAUAUCCUUUGCUCAUUGUUGAUAAUUAUGUAUGUUAGUUAAGUAGUCUGUAUAUUAUGUGUAAAAAAGUUUCUUCAGUUUAACGUAUCGUACGUUUAUCACUACGUAUCAACUUAUUAAUUUUUGUAUAACAUAUUCCAUUUGUAAAUAACUUCCCCAAGUCACAUAGUUAAUGUAAGUACUUAUUAUGCAUCAUGAAAUUCAAAUAUUUUAGAGUGAACUGUGGGACCAAUUUAUUUUAAAAUAUUACCACGAUUUAAUAAAAUGAAUUUGUAAUUAAUGUAAUAUUUCAGCAGACAUCGCCUAUCCGAAGAGUAUUAUUAAAUAAUAUUUUAAGAUCAUCACUGUCUGUUUUCAAUAUUGUUUCAAUCUUUAUCAGUUUAAAGAACGUCGUUUUAUAUGAAAAGAUGUGUAAAAUAUCAUGAUGAAUUAUCGAAAAAAGUAUAAAAGCAAUAAAAUAUUUACAAAGAUAUUA